CCGUCGGCCGGCCCGGGGGACAGAACCGUGUCACGCAGCCAUGGGGCUGCCCCGUGCUUCAAAUGGGAAAAGCAGCGCGCCGAGCCCCGGGGAUGGCGGGAGCGGAGCCGGGAUCCAGCGAUCCGCGGCUCCGGGAGCAGCCAAGUGCAGGCAGUGCCUUGUGGCCGGGGCUGCGAGCGGGGGAGAGGCACAAAACCGGGCUGGGGUCCUGCCCUGUUGGGCUCAGACGCAGCAAAGGUUGUGCUUGGAGCAGUGGAAGGCUUCGGUGCUGGGUGCUGGUCACUUGGCCCAUCGUGGUUAGUGGUGGACAGCUGCACUCUGCUUCCCUGUGUUCCUGGGAUGGAACAGGGAGUGUGAGCAGUGGCUGGGAGGAAGCGUGACUUGGGGGAAAGAAAAUAGUUGUAGUAUCCAUGGAGAAACUUAAAGGGACAUGACUGCCAAUACCAGUGUCAAAAACUUAGUUUCUGGGAAGACAGUGUGAGUUUAAUUAAACUGAAUUGAGCUGCUUUGUGAGUAUUGAUUAUUUCAGUUGCAUUUCACACAAUUUUGUAGCUGUGUAGAGUUAGUCUAGUGAAAGCAUCUAUUGUUGAGGUUGCUGAGGAAUGAAAAACCUUCUCCAGAUCACACCACCAAUGCAACUGUUAUUAAACUGUGUCCUGUGUUUGGUGGGAUAGGUGACUUUAAUGUUUGGGUUCAGUAACUUUUCCAUGUUAUUACACUAGCGAAAAAGGAGAGGUGUGACAGAAGGAUCCAUGCAAGUUCUUUGGAUCCAGAGCAGUUUGGUCUUGCCUAGUGCUAUAGCAAGGUUAUUUGAUGAGUGUUUGUACUGUGUAACCCAUCCACCCCUGAAGAAAUCACCGGGCCACAAGGCAGUGUGCAGGUUGUCUGUCAAAAGGUGUUCUGACCAUGUGAAGAAGUUCUUCCUAUUACAAAAUUAGGAGCCAGUUUAUUCUUUCUUUAUGAUUUUUUUUCUUUCUGACUCAACUGUGAUGACUUCUUGUUGGAAAGCCUGAGAAAAUACACAUAGGGGUGCAGAGGGUUUUGAAAUGACACACUAACCCGUGAUGCAGCAGGAUUUCCUUGUGAGCAGGAGCUGACUUCAGGGUUGUGAUUAAUCUGAGAGGAUGUAACUAGUACUGGCUGCUCAACAGAGAGUGUGCAGUUGAAAUUCUGUGUUGCUGCUGCUGAUGGACACAUGGAUUUACAUCAGUGAGAGUGGGUAGUGGGAAUGGGGCUUUCUUGAAGCUGGGUGAACAAUUAAUGCCAGUUCUGGAGGUUGAGAGCACUUCAUCCAUCUAGAGCCCCUGUCUCCAGGGGACUGCAGUCCACAGCCUCUGGUGCUUCCUAACAUUUCACCAAGUGCUGGAGGUGGCUGGUUCACUGAGGGCCAGCAUUUCUGGCCAAAUGUCCCAGCCAGGAUGCUGUGGUCUGAAGUUGUGAGGGCAGCUGGAACCCUGCUGCUGGAGCCCUGUGCCCGGGGUCUCUGAGCUUGUCACCUCCUGUCCCUGUCCACAGCCUGCCCUUCAUGGUGUGCAGACUUGGACGUGACUUCUUCUGCAACUGCAGUGCACUUCGGAGAGUGGAGAAGGUUUGUGAACAAUGUUAUAGUUCAUACUUGGAUGCAAUGACAAAAUUUGUUCCUUGGGGUAGUCAGAAACUCAGCAAGUGAAUAUUUUUCAUUUGAAAGAACAAAAUGUACCUCGAGUUUGUUUUGGUGACUGCGGAAUCUCUCAUUUCUUUCUCUUGGUUGUAAAGACAUGUCCUGGUACAAGUUGGCUAAAUACUGGUAAUUUAAAUAACAUUUUAGUGGGCAAGUGAGCCCAUAGAAGUGUAAAGAUGCAGUGAGAGAAAUGCUGAAUUGUGAUGACUUUCUAAGAAGAGUCCAUUUAGUGGGAUGAGAACAUGCCUUUAUGGUAAUACUGUGGUUUGUUUGCUGGUAAUGUGCACAAAAGCCUCUCACACCCUGCUGAGAAUUCCAGAGUGCCAGAUCUGUAAUUACCACAAGACAUACUGAAAGAGGCAAACUCUGCUGAAGUUGUGCAGGGAUGUGAAAGCCAGAAUUCCACUGCAGCACUGGUGAAUGGGUGAUUUGCCUCUCUGGGAUCUCCCUGUGCUGCACCUUGGAGUUCUGGGAUGAGGCUCUGGCUUCUGCUUGGAGUUAGACCCAGAAGGUGAUGCUGAAUCUGGUGCCAAGAUAAGGAAAUGCCUUAUCUCAAUUUGCUCUGUUGACUUCAGGACUUAAAAUGCCAGCCCAUGUCUGCAAGAUACUUCCUGCUUUCUUUAAAGUUUUGGGGCUCCAGUUGUAGUCACUCUCAUUUAUCAGUGGAGCUCUGAAGCUCCAGUUGCAGAUUGUCAUCUCUGGCUUGCAAAGCCACUGUGUGUGCUCAUUUGGCUAAAAACAGAAAGGACUAGAGUUGGUUUUUGUUCUUGGAGAAGAAAGGGAAAUCCUACAAGGUUUUGAGUUCAUAAGCUGAUAAUUGUUUUGUUGUUUCUGCCCACGGCAUCCAGGGAUAUGCAGUAUUUUGCUUUUCCAUAGUGAUGUAGUUUUGUUGGUUUGGGUGUUCAAUAUGUGAUCAGAACACAGAAACCUAUUUCUUUGUUCCCUUAGAAAAUAUGUGGUUUAGAGAGUGUUAUUAUGACCUCUUGCAACUUUUCAGUCUGAAAAACACUUUCAAAAAUAAGUGUUGUUUUGUGAAGGUGCACUCUGUUUUUUUUUAAAGGCAGACCUCACCUUCAGGGUUAAAGGAAGGAACUGCAGAGGGAAUGUUGUCCUUAGUUGUGAUUUUGUAGCAAUGUGCUAAUUUAAUUUCUGAUAUGUCCUGUUGGAAGUCUGACUGCAGGCAAUGGUUGCAGUAUUUUGUGUCACUCAGAGAACACCCAGGAGCUCAGGUGCUCUCCCUGUGGUUUGAAGGAUCCCUGCUCCUGGCUUUGCCACAUUUCCUCAUUUGCAUCCCUGCAGGCAUUAUUAGUUUGGAAAAUGCUUUUAAAUAAUAACAGUGUGCUUGAGAUAGCAGGAUGCCUCCAACAAGAUCCAUCAGGGCCCAAAGUGUCACCUGUGUCCUGUUCUGAGCUGUAGGUGUGACAUGGACUUGGUAAACUUGGUAACUCUGCCUUAAUUUUGGAAUAUCUGUGGAGUAAAUGCCUAUUUAUAACUGUAGGUAAUUCCAUAUGAAGUACAAGGAGUGCAGAUAGAAGGUUUUCAUGCCUUCAGGCCCCUGACUUUGGUGGGUGCUGCUCUCUGUGCCCAGAGCUGGGAGCACUGGCUGGCCAAAGCCACCAGCACCCAGUCCCUGAGCUGCUGCUCAUCGUGCCCAGAGGGAAUUUGGGUCUUAAAGGACACAAAAAGGCUGCACAUGGUGUGGUGGGACAGGCUCUCAGCCACACUAGUCAGCAUUAUCAGACAUGAGAGUGGGAGUGUGUUGUGAGCUUCAGUCACACAGUUAUUAAUCAUUUAUUUCACAAUUAGGAGCAGAAGGUGGAAUUCUUAAGCCUGUCCCCCUUCAGCUGGAGGGCAGGUUGUUUCAGGUGGUUCCCAAAGUAAUGUUUUACUAGAAAGCAGCGUGAGGGAACAUCCAGCCAACUGUGUUCCUUGCUGUGCAAGGUUUCAGCAGCAGAUAUGUUAUUUAUUCUAUAAAUAAAUCUAGUGAGUUUAUAUUCUGUAACUCUACAAAUAGCAGACUUGUAUUAUAUUGGCAGAUUAGCUGAAUGAAAGCAGUGUUGACAGAUUGUUCAGCUCAUAGGAAAAAGGUAUUUCUUUGGAGAGUUACUUAGGGAUUAUCCUGUGUGUCAGAAAUGUUUCUAAAUGUCAACUAUUUUUCUACAAUAAAAUAAUAAAGAUCAAACCAAUUAAUCUUGAAUACAUUUUGAAGUAUUACAGCCUACCAUGUGGAGGUGUUUUUUGAAACCAAAAUCCAAUAACAAGCUGAGUAUCUGUUUGCUCUCCCCCACAUGAGGGUUUCUCUCUCUCCUUUUAGGGUUAGAAUCCCCAAGGACCUGGAAGAUACCAACAUGUUUGUGUUUAUAAGUGGAAAAUGAAACUUCAUUUGCCAACGGACUGGACUUUGACAUUCUUUUCAUGAAAGAGGUUUCCAAGUAGUUGUCUUAUAAUUACUUUGAGAAGAAGUUCUAUGUAGCUCUUACUUCCAAGAGUGCUGCAAAAAUGAUUACUUCAGAUUUGCCAGUACUACAGGAUUCUACAAAUGAAACUACUGCACAUUCAGAUGCUGGCAGUGAGCUUGAAGAAGCAGAAGUCAAAGGAAAAAGAAAAAGGGGCCGUCCCGGCAGGCCUCCAUCUGCCACAAAGAAGCCCCGCAAGUCCCCGGCGGACAAGGGGCGUUCCGACGCCGGAGCUCGGGGAGCGAGUCGUGGGAGAGCCAACGGCCACCCGCAGCAGAAUGGAGAGGGGGACCCUGUCACCUUGUUCGAGGUGGUUAAGCUGGGGAAGAGUGCUAUGCAGUCUGUGGUGGACGACUGGAUUGAAUCAUAUAAACAAGACAGGGACAUAGCACUUCUGGAUUUAAUCAACUUCUUUAUCCAGUGUUCAGGAUGUCGAGGUACGGUAAGAAUUGAAAUGUUCAGGAACAUGCAAAAUGCAGAAAUCAUAAGGAAAAUGACAGAAGAAUUUGAUGAGGACAGUGGUGAUUAUCCCCUGACCAUGCCCGGGCCUCAGUGGAAGAAGUUCCGCUCCAACUUCUGCGAGUUCAUCGGGGUGCUGAUCCGGCAGUGCCAGUACAGCAUCAUCUACGACGAGUACAUGAUGGACACGGUGAUCUCGCUGCUCACCGGCCUCUCCGACUCGCAGGUCCGCGCCUUCCGGCACACCAGCACGCUGGCUGCUAUGAAGCUUAUGACUGCUCUUGUGAAUGUUGCCUUAAACCUGAGCAUUCAUCAGGACAAUACACAGAGGCAGUAUGAAGCUGAGAGAAACAAAAUGAUUGGCAAAAGAGCUAAUGAAAGAUUGGAGCUGCUGCUUCAGAAAAGAAAAGAGCUACAAGAAAACCAAGAUGAAAUCGAAAAUAUGAUGAACUCUAUUUUUAAGGGUAUAUUUGUUCAUAGAUACCGUGAUGCUAUUGCUGAGAUUAGAGCUGUCUGUAUUGAAGAAAUUGGUGUCUGGAUGAAAAUGUACAGUGAUGCCUUCCUGAAUGAUAGUUAUUUAAAAUAUGUUGGUUGGACACUACAUGACAGGCAAGGUGAAGUGAGGUUGAAGUGUUUGAAAGCUCUUCAGAGUCUGUAUACCAACAGAGAGUUGUUUCCCAAAUUGGAGCUGUUCACAAACAGAUUCAAGGACCGCAUCGUGUCCAUGACGCUGGACAAGGAGUACGACGUCGCUGUGGAAGCCAUUCGAUUGGUCACGCUCAUCCUCCAUGGGAGUGAGGAGGCUCUGUCCAAUGAAGACUGUGAGAAUGUUUAUCACCUGGUGUACUCAGCACACCGGCCUGUGGCAGUAGCAGCUGGGGAGUUCCUCCACAAAAAGCUGUUCAGCAGACAUGAUCCCCAAGCUGAAGAGGCUCUAGCAAAGAGGAGGGGGCGAAAUAGCCCAAAUGGAAACCUUAUUAGAAUGUUGGUUCUUUUCUUUCUUGAAAGUGAGUUGCAUGAACAUGCAGCCUAUUUGGUGGACAGCUUGUGGGAGAGCUCUCAAGAACUGCUGAAAGACUGGGAAUGUAUGACAGAAUUGCUCUUGGAGGAGCCAGUCCAAGGAGAAGAAGCGAUGUCGGACCGGCAGGAGAGCGCCCUGAUCGAGCUGAUGGUGUGCACCAUCCGACAGGCUGCCGAGGCACAUCCCCCCGUGGGCAGGGGCACCGGCAAGAGGGUCUUGACAGCAAAAGAAAGAAAAACUCAGAUAGAUGACAGAAAUAAAUUGACUGAGCAUUUCAUUAUUGCACUUCCCAUGCUGCUAUCAAAGUAUUCCGCUGAUGCUGAGAAGGUUGCAAACCUCCUGCAAAUCCCUCAGUACUUUGACCUGGAAAUCUACAGCACAGGCAGAAUGGAAAAGCAUCUGGAUGCCUUACUGAAGCAGAUUAAGUUUGUUGUGGAAAAGCAUGUGGAAUCAGAUGUUUUGGAAGCCUGCAGCAAAACCUACAGCAUCCUCUGCAGUGAGGAAUACACCAUCCAGAACAGAGUUGACAUAGCCCACAGCCAACUUAUUGAUGAAUUUGUGGAUCGAUUCAACCAUUCUGUCGAGGAUCUACUGCAGGAGGGAGAAGAAGCUGAUGAUGAUGACAUCUACAAUGUGCUCUCCACACUGAAGAGGUUGACAUCUUUUCACAAUGCUCAUGAUCUGACCAAAUGGGAUCUGUUCAGUAACUGCUACAGAUUGCUGAGAACUGGAAUUGAACACGGAGCUAUGCCAGAACAGAUCGUUGUCCAGGCACUGCAGUGCUCCCACUACUCUAUUCUGUGGCAGCUGGUGAAAAUCACUGAGGGCUCCCCUUCCAAAGAGGACUUGUUGGUAUUGAGGAAAACUGUGAAAUCCUUCCUGGCUGUCUGCCAGCAGUGUCUAUCAAAUGUCAACACUCCAGUCAAAGAACAGGCUUUCAUGCUGCUCUGUGAUCUCCUGAUGAUUUUUAGUCACCAGCUGAUGACGGGAGGUCGAGAAGGGCUCCAGCCUCUGGUGUUCAAUCCAGACUCAGGCCUCCAGUCAGAACUUCUCAGUUUUGUCAUGGAUCAUGUGUUUAUUGACCAAGAUGAUGAAAAUCAAAGCAUGGAGGGAGAUGAAGAAGAUGAAGCCAACAAAAUAGAAGCUUUACAUAAGAGAAGAAACCUUCUGGCUGCCUUUAGCAAGCUGAUAAUUUAUGACAUUGUGGACAUGCAUGCAGCAGCAGAUAUCUUCAAACACUAUAUGAAGUACUACAAUGACUACGGAGAUAUCAUUAAGGAAACCCUGAGCAAAACCAGGCAAAUAGAUAAAAUCCAGUGUGCAAAGACACUCAUUCUCAGUUUGCAACAGCUGUUCAAUGAGCUUGUUCAGGAGCAAGGUCCCAACCUGGACAGGACCUCUGCCCACGUCAGUGGCAUUAAGGAGCUGGCCCGGCGGUUUGCCCUCACUUUUGGCUUGGAUCAGAUCAAGACAAGAGAGGCUGUGGCCACACUACACAAAGAUGGCAUAGAGUUUGCCUUCAAAUACCAGAAUCAGAAAGGACAAGACUAUCCACCUCCUAACCUUGCUUUCCUGGAAGUGCUCAGUGAAUUUUCUUCCAAACUCCUGCGACAGGACAAAAAGACUGUGCACACCUACCUGGAGAAGUUCCUGACAGAGCAGAUGAUGGAGAGAAGAGAGGACGUGUGGCUGCCGCUGAUCUCGUACCGGAACUCGCUGGUGACGGGCGGCGAGGACGACAGGAUGUCAGUGAACAGCGGCAGCAGCAGCAGCAAGGCCUCCUCCGUGAGGAACAAGAAGGGCCGACCCCCCCUCCACAAAAAGAGAGUGGAAGAUGAGAGCCUGGAAGGCUCCUGGCUGAACAGGAAUGAGAACAUCCAUACUCCAGGGACACUGCAGACACCUCAGCUCACCUCCACUGUCCUGAGAGAGAACACCAGACAAAUGGGAGAGCAGAUCCAGGAGCACGAGUCGGAGCAGGGAUCUGAACAGGAUUUUUUACACAAUCCCCAGAUGCAGAUCUCGUGGCUGGGCCAGCAGAAGCUGGAGGAUCUCAAUCGAAAGGACAGGACAGGAAUGAACUACAUGAAAGGCAGAAGUGGCGUAAGGCACGCAGUACGAGGUCUAAUGGAAGAUGACGCUGAGCCCAUCUUUGAAGAUGUAAUGAUGUCCUCGCGAGGCCAGCUAGAAGACAUGAAUGAAGAAUUCGAGGACACAAUGGUCAUUGAUCUGCCGCCGUCACGGAACCGGCGCGAGCGCGCGGAGCUGCGGCCGGACUUCUUCGACUCGGCGGCGAUCAUCGAGGACGAUUCAGGAUUUGGCAUGCCCAUGUUCUGAAGUCCGGCGAAGACCUUUUACAAACUUGGAACUCUAUUGUUUAGAGCUAGAGGCCUAUAUACUGUGAUAGCUUGUAUGAAAACCACAUUUUUGAUGUGAUACAGUUUGAUUUUUAACCAAAUGAUUGAGGUCAACCCCUUGGUGUAGUGACGGAGAGAAGAGGAGCUUCUUAUUGACACACGGGAAUGUUGGCCAAUCCAGUCACCUCAGAAGGGCUGACCUAAAAAAUCAUUUGUAUCCCUGUUCUUGACUGUCCUAAUACAGAUUUUUUUUUUCUGGAUGAGGAGGAAGUUUUAAAUUGUUAAGACAGCUGUCAAAAUAAACACUGUUCUACAUAUGUUUUCUGAAAACAACAUUGAGUGAAAACAGAACUUUUUUAACUUUAUUUUUCUGCUGUACAAUUUAAAACGGUUUUAACAUUUGCCUUUUUAUGUUUUCAAAGCUAGCCAUUUUUAUUAAACCUAUGCCUAUCAGCCACUGACUAGCAAGGCUGCUGUAAGCAGGUCGUUCUGGCUACAGAAAAGUGUUUUGGAACACACUGGAUUUGAUUAACAUUAUGGUACGCUUAUGUCCUCUCAUAGGCAUGGAGAAGAACACUCUCAGAGAAGAGGUUAGAAUUCUAAUGACGUGCAUCUCUGCCAAAAAAUUUCAGAUUCUGAUAUGAUAAACCCAGAUUUUAUACUCUUGAGAAGAUUUAUUUUUAUUUAUAAUGGGACAUAAAGUAAGAGAUGUCCAUGAAGCCACUUUUCCAACAGAUGCUGUGUAACAUUCAUUUUAUAUAGCACAUGGGGACACAAAACCAGUAAAUUUUCUAUUGGUACUUGCUCUGUGCAUUUUUAGCAACUUAUACCAGCAAAUAAAGUAUUCUCAGUAAAACACACAAAUGGUUCUCAAGUAAUCACUUUGCUGUUUUUACUACCUACUUCAAGCCUGCCAACACAAGGUACAUAAACAGCAACUUUCCUAUUAAAAAAAAAUAGUUCAAGGGUGGGGGAAAGGAUCACUUUAGCAUACUAAAAGUAAUUUUAACUGUACCAUAAAACAGAGUCUACUUUCCAUGCCGUAAAUACCCUUUUCCGCUAUUUUUGUAAAUUAAUUUUGCCAGUUAGAAGUACUGUAUGUGCUGCAUAGAAAUUUGUGCUUAGAUGGUGAAGUUCUUAAGCUUACAAUGGACUACAGCUACAUUUUCAGUGUUAACUGUGCAUAUUGAGAGUAAUUCUUUGGAAAAAAAUAUGAUUUUUCAAAAAAGCUAAAAACAUCAAAAAAAAUUCAAAAAAAACCCCAAAACAUUCUCAGCUAAUUCAUUGUACUAAGAUAUUUUUCAAUGUCUUCAAUAAUUUGGAAUUUCAUUAUGCUUCGAUUUUAUGACUCGAUGUAGUAGCUGCUCCUUACCCAGCCUGGCCUGGCACCAGCAGUCCUGGCCCUCCACAGCUCCAGAUCUCCAACAAUUGGCCCCAAAAGCUUCAUCUUUCUGCACUCAGUAGCAGUUGGGAUACAAAGCAGACUGACCCACUUGGAGCACAGCAGUUUCAGAGGUGCUUUGGUUUUAGCAACUGCAGAAUAAUCACGGAGCUUUUUCUGUUUCGAGCUUUCUGGACACCAGCCCAACCCCUCAGUGCCCAGCAUGGGCAGGGAAAGAGCCCAAACUGACCCAGCCCAGCACCUCACCCAGCUGAGCUUGGCUCUCACAACACGUGCAGUUCUCAGACACGGUUGCCAAAAAUGUUUGACCAGGUAAUUCAGCCAUUCCUUAGUGUGGGUUGGGGAUCUAUUAAUCCAAGAAGUAGCUGGAACUUUAUAAACCCUGUUACCUCCCUCUGUGCACCCCCACGGCCUGGGGGCAGGAAUGGCUGCAGGACCUGUCCCAGGGUCACUCUGUGAGCAUGGUGGCACAACAGAUGCUGCCCAGUUUGAGUCAGAGUCUCAGACAAACCUUGUGCUUCACAGUCCUCUGUGUGGAAAACUGAUUCCUAAUUUAACAUUGUAGAAUACUGUAUAACAAACAUUUAUUAUCAUGGUACCUGCAAUGGGUCUCCAGUUCAGUUUGCAGUCAAUAGGUUUUUGUAUUAUGAGUGUCUCCUUGAUUGGUUUUGCUAGUAAUUCUGUAAAUUGUACAUUUACAAUAUGAGGUUUUUUUUCCUUUUGUACAAUUUAAAACUGAUGCUUCACCUUUCAUUUAAUAAACUAUUCAAAAUCAUGA